AUGACGUCUCCAACGAAGCCUCACCCGCCAGUCGCGGUUACCAAGAAAGCCUUGUAUUUUCUUGACAACAGCCCUUUCGGACCGGCCAUCACAUCAAUCAAGUUGAAUGAUGAUGGCACUCUUUCCAAUCCCAAGCGAACACUGACGAAUGGUGUUGGGCUCCUUGGCAGACCGGCUAACCGCCAUACGAUCAUGGACCCUCUCUUCUCGCAGAAUUCCGUGGUCGUUGACGGCAACUCGCUGUUCACCAUCUCGCCCGGCUCUGCUACGGUGCACAUGUACACUAUAUCUCCCGAUGAUCCCAGCGUCUUGACGCCCGUGGGCGAGCCCGUACCGAGCGGGGGAACCUUCCCCAACAGCGUGGCUUACUCCCGCAAGCUGGGACUCCUCUGCGUGCUCCAUUUAGGCCACAUCGGCGGCGUGUCGUGCUUCCGUGUCAAUGACACCAGCAGCGAACAUCCGGGCCUCGAGCGCCUGGGCGACUUGUUCCGUCUUGCUAUUUUCCAGACCGAGACGCCGACUAUUGGGCGUACCAACACCGCUGGCGACAUUGUCUUCAACCCUAGCCAGACUGCAGUGUUCGUUCUUCUCAAAUUCGACGGGGUCGCCACGUUCCCGGGACACAUCUUCGCAUUUUCCGUGGACACCAAAGCGCGAAAGCUGGUGCCGGCGCCCGUUCAGUCGCGCCUGCCAGGGCUGCUUGCGCCUUAUUCCAUCACGUUCCAGGGUAGUGAUGACACAAAAGCGGUGCUAAGUGACGCGCCCUUUCUACCGAGUCUGGAGGUCACCUUGGCCAAAUCACUCACCAUCUCGGCGACUUCUGCCCCGUAUUGGACGGCGUACUCGGAGAAGUUGAAUAUCAUGUUUCUCUUGGGCGGAUUCGACCCGUCGCCAGUCGCGGUGGACCUCGAGAAGCAAGAGAUCAGCUACACGAUCACGGCGCCUCCUGAGACGCUGGGCGCAUUCGACAGCGUCGUCUAUGGCGACUACUAG